AUUUGCAUGCGGCCCGGCUCGCAGCGCUGCCGCCCGCGGGAAGUGCCGCCGCACGGCCGCGGCCGCGCACCACGCUUGGGAAAGUGCCCCCGUUUCCGACGCAGCCCGCGCGCGCGGCCACUCCCGCGCGGUGAUGCAACGCGGCGCCGCAGCCGCCGCCGCCCGCCCCGCCGAGGAGCCGCCGCCGCGGAGCGCGCAGCGCGGCGCGGGGGGGCGCGGGGCGCCGCGGGGAGGGGAGGGGAGGGGAGGGGAGGGGGGGGCGCUGCCCUCCCCUCUCCCCGCCGCCCCUUCCGCCUCGCCUCGUUCCGCCGCCGCAGCCCGGCCGAGCAGCGAGGUAGUGAACGCUGUUCUAAUCCUGAAGGGGAUAUUUUCAUCAUCAGUUUUCAAAUACAAGUAUUUGAGUGUUUAGUUCUUAGGAUUAUUACUUCCAGUGAUAACAGUCUCCAAAGCAGUAAAACUGCUCUCAGGACAGAGUGAAGAUGAGUGGUGAAGAUAUUCUUGUGUGUGCAGUACAACUUGGAAAAAACUUCUGCCUCUAUUUUACAGAGCUGGAAUGCGAUGCCUUGUGUAAGGAAAAAAUUCUCCAACAACGAGUCUUUCGAAAUGUAAAUAGCCAGUUGCUCGUGGUUCAACCAGAUUUAAAUGUGGCAGCUUUUGAAGAUGUGACAGAUCAGGAGAUGAAGUCUGAAGGAUCUGAACAUCCAUCCCACACCAAUUGCUCUCUUCUUCUCAGCAGACUAUUAAGGAUAAAAAAUUUCUGUUUAGGCAGUGGAAUGCACUUCAACAUCCACUGUUACAAAACUACGACGCCUUCAGCAGGGAUGCCUGUUGCGUUCAGCAUCCAGAUAAAGGAUAAGAAUUAUUACAUGUGUUGUGAGAAAGAAUUUGGGAAAACAGUAGUUCGAUUUAGGGAAGGAGAAGUUCCUACAGAAAUUCCUUGCGAAAGUAACUUCAUCUUCUUCAAAAAGACAUUUACAUCUUGCAGCUCCAAAGCCUUCAAGUUUGAAUAUUCACUAGAACAAGGAAUGUUCUUGGCCUUUGAGAAAGAAGGCUACUUAAGAAAAUUAAUUUUAAAGAAAAUGUCAAGUGAAGAUGAAGUAGAUGAAACCAUGAAGUUUCUAGCUUAAGUCAAAAUGAAAGUCAUAACUUGCGACAUGCUUUGAUAGCCUUACGAUGUAUUUCCUGGCUUUAAAAAAAAAAUAAAUCUUAUUUCUUCAUUGAAGACAA